AUGGCGCAGACGCCGCCUGCGCUGCUGGCUUGGGCCGGCAACUCCGGGUGGCGUGGGGGGGCCCUUGCGGCCCCGAGCGCCUGUGAGGCGCUGCAGUUGCUGCUCGACGCGCAAGCCAUGGCGCGACUCUCCCCGCAGCAGGCUGCUGUCCUCGCGGCCGGCGGCGUCGUGGCGGCCUGCUGGCCGCUGCUGGCGCAGCGGCUGGGCCUGUUUGAGCGCCACGGCAUGCGCAGCCUGGCGGAGUGCUGGGUGGUGCUGUGGCUGGCGGCUGCGUUGGGACGAUGGGUGCAGUGGUGGGCAAGCACGGUUGGCGCGCGCCGCGCGGCCUCGGGGGUUAGAGUGGCUGCGCCCAGCGGCGCAGCGGCGGCGGAGGCGGGCCCGCUGAAAGGGGGGCCGGCAGCUGGAGGCCCGGAGGCUGACGCGGCAGGGCCGGCGGCUGCGGCGGCGGCGGCGGCGGCAGAGGAGGAGGAUUGGGAGGAUGAUGUCGGCGUGCAGAAGCGGCGCGCGCAGGCGGAGCAGGCCGCCUCUGCGGCGCGCGCGUGCGUGGCUGUCAGCGAUGCCUUGCUGCGGCUGCGAGCCGCGCUCGCGCCAGCGGGGGCGCCGUCGGCGGCGCCGGGCGCGGGCGCGGGCGCGGGAGGGGCGGAGGCUGUCGGCGCGCGCGACGCAGCGCACGCGCUUCGCGCGCUCGCAGAGGCGAUGCUGGACUCUCCGCAGGCCGUGGACUGGUUGCUAAGCGCCGGCGGCGUUGCUGACGUGGCUGCGGCUGUGGACUGGGCGAGCCAAGUGCAGUCCGCAUCCCGCGGCGCGCCCGAGGCGCUGCCGCUGCUGCUGCAGGGGAGCUGGGUCGUGCUGCAGCUGGCGCACGGCCCGCCCCCCGCACGGGAGGCGCUGUGCACGCCGGCGGCCGCGGGCGCGCUGGUGCGGCUGCUUGGGGUUGCGGACUGCGCGCCCGGCGCCGCCACGGCCGCGCCUGACGCAGUGGGUGCGGUGUUGCGCAAUGCGGCCCUCUCGACACUGCUGCUUGUCGAAGCAGGCGCGGACCCCGCAGCUGCAGGCAGCGUGCGCGCCGCAGCCGCCGCACGCGCCGCCGCCGCGCUGCGCCGUGCAGGCGCGUUCCCCGCGCUCUCUCGCGCCGUCGCCUGCGAGGGCUACCCCGGCCACGACGCGGGCCCGGCCGCGGCCGCGCUGGCCGCGGGCGCGCUCGCGGCAAUCGCGCUGGCCCCCACGGUCGCACGCGGCGGCGGCGCCGGCGCCGGCGCUAUCGCGGCGUGCGCCGCUGGUGGCGGCGGCGAGCGGCAUCAGCUGACGGGCCUCGUGGCCGACGCGCUUGACGCGCUCCUGGAGCCUUCUGCCCUCCGCGGCUUUGUGUUCCUUAUCGGCCAGCUCCGCGGACAGCAGGAGGCGCAGCAGGCGCGCCGGCCGGCCCCAGACACACAGCAGACGCCGCCCGGGGCGCCGCCCCCACGCGCGCCCGGCGCCGCCCUCGCGGCCGCGCUGCUUCAGGCGGCCCUGCCCGUGGCGCUGGCGGCGCGGCCCGACGCGCUGCUACGGGCCCUGGUCGAGCAGCGGCUCGUCGGCGCGCUGCUGCGCGCGGCGCCGCGGCGCGUGGCCCAGCUGCUAACGGCGCGCCUCGUCAGCAGCGGCGGCCAGGCGGUGCUCGCUGCGGUUGAGGCGGAGUGGGCGCUCGACGCGGCGCUGGCGCUGGCGCAGGCCAUCGCGCUGCCUGUGCAUUUGAAGCUCCCCGCCGCCGCGCCAUCCGCGGCAGAGCUGCGGGGCUUGCAGCAGCAGCGGGAGCAGGUGGAGCAGGAGCGGCAGCAGGGGCGGCAGCGGCAGCACGCGUCGGGCGCGUCGGCGCUGCUGGAGCGGGGCAGCGACGACGUGUACACGGACGUGCUCGCCGCGCGGCUGCUGCUGCGGCCGCAGAGACUGCAGGAGCUGGUGUGGGCGGCGGGUGAAGAGUGGGCUGCCGUGGCGGAGGGCGGCAGCAAGCAUGUGCAGCAACAGCAGCAGCAGCAGCAGCAGCAGCAGCAGCAGCAGCUAGAAGGGGACGCGUCCAGCGCACUGCUCGCGUUGGCGGGUCACUUACUCAGCGUCGAUUCCGAGCUACAGCAAGUGAAGCUCGUGCGCGGCGAGAGCAUCGCCGACAGCGAGAGCAGCAACGGCAGCAGCGGCAGCAGUAGCAGCAGCAGCAAUUGCUGCUGUUGCUGGGAUGGCAGCGAACUCGGCUUUGGCUGUAGCAACGACGACGGCCUGCCGUCUGGUUGUGACGGCGCCGGCGCGUCGUCAGGCCUCUCGUCCGCGCCGCGCCGCAGCGGCUCGGGGCCAGUCGCCUUCGCGCUCGGCCCGCACGAGCACCGGAUGCGCCGCGGCGCGUACCGACGCCUCAGGCGCGCUUCCAAGCUGCUGCACUCGAUACUGCGCCUGCAAGACGGCGGCGGCGGCGGGUAUGACGGGGGGCCAAUACGCGCGUUCGCGGUCCCGGGUUUUACAGAUGAGGCAAACUGGUGGUGCCUCACGCAGCUGGAGCGGUGGACAGAGGGCAGCGGCGGCCGCGCCGGCGGCCGGCAGCAGCGGCAGCAAGGGGUGGUGCAGCAGCAGGCGACGAAACAGCAGGGGGCGCAGCAGCGGGCGGCGGGCACGCGCUUGGGGCCGCGCCAGGCGGCGCAGCUGUGGGUGGCCGCCGACUUUUUUCAGGUGGACGGCCUGCAGUGUGCCUGUGAGGACGACCUAGCUGCCGCCCUCGCGGCCGCCGCGGCAGGGGACGCCGCCGCCACCGGCCGCGCCGGCGCGUUCGCCGAGCUGCUCGGCGCGUCGCUUGCGCUCUGCGUGCGCCACCCGGCGUCGUCCGGGCGCCUGCGGCGGCUCAUCGCGCGCGAGUUCUUGCGCGCGGCGUCGGCGGCCCCUGUGGGGUGCCUGGACCCGCGGCUGGCGGCGGCCGCGGCGGCGCGGCUCGGCGCGCUGCUGCCUGGGGUACUAGCAGAGCUGCGAGACCGGCUGGUGGCGCUGUGCGUGCUGAACGCGGGCCGCGGCGACGCGGACAGCCCGGAGGAGGCCGUCGGCUGA